CUGCGUCAGAGAAAAAGAGAGGGAGCUUGUUCUUGGCUUAUGUGAUUGUGAUUGUGGAAUGUUGAGUUUGGUUGGUUUUGGGUGGCGAACAGAUGUGGUAAAUUGAUUAUGAGAUACGCCUCAUUUCCCCAAGCUGUUGCAUACACCCAAGAUGAAGAAGAUGAAAUUGGCCACCAAAGACAUAUUGCUAAGCAAGCUAGAGAAGCCCCAACCUGCAGUCGUCAAAGUCAUCCCUGGAAACCCAGAGAGAAUCGCACCUUUGGUCGGAUAUUUCCCAUCUGGGUUCGAGCCAGACCCAAAUUCAACCAAAGUUGGGGUCUUUAGGCAUAAAGAGAAAAGUGGUAGGCUUCAGGUUGUGGUAACCCGAAAAGCUAAGGUUAAUUUUAUCGGGACUAACUAUGCUGGUGAGGCGCAGGCUGGAGAGUACUGUUCUUAUGGACUUGCUAUAUUUGAUAAGGCGACUCAGUCAUUGAAGAUCGUGCCUGUUGCUAAUAAUAAGGUAUUUAGGUUUGAACCAAAAGUUCAAGGCAUUGAUGACUCCAAUAAGAAGCCUGCAAGUUUGGUUGGAGAACUUUCUGAACAUCAGAAGGCAGAGAAACGUAUAUAACUUCAUAAUCUUUAUGGAACAAAGAAGUCAAUACGGCAGAACAAAAAAAUGCAAACGUUGAAGUGUGUAUAUGAUCAUGAUGAUCAAAAGGAUUUGGAUGUAAUCAAACCAGGUAUGAACAUCAAGGAGGAUGACAAAGCUUCCAAAGGCCAUAAGGAUCGCAAAAUCCCACCAUUUAAUGCUUCUGCCACCACUCUAUCCACUGGAGAGUGGAGAUUCCUCCAAGAUAAGAAUGAAAUAUUACAUUGUAAUUCUGCGUUUUUGGAAGGCGGAUCAGAACUUCCCUGCUUUGUUCGCAAUCGAAUCCAUAAACUGGAGCAGAUUGAGGAUGAAGACAAGAAGAACAGGCUUGCUUGUAUUUUCUCAUAUAUUAUGCAUCUUAUAAAGUUCAAAGAUAUGCAGGAGGAUGGACAUUCCGCUGCAAAGUUCCACAGAUUCCCAAAUUGUAUUAGGGAUAAAUUUUCAAGCAUGUUUGAUGCAGUGUCGAGAGGGCUAUCCACUGAAAAAAAAAAUCGUCUCAUUAGUUAUGUCCUGGUGCUCACUCUAUUUGUGGAUGUAUUCCAAACAAGUUUGACAGACAUAGCAAAGGAUCUGAGAAUAGAGCCUGCAAAGUUGAGGACACAUUAUGAGAACUUGGGUUGCAAGGUGUCUAAGAAGAACAAUGUAUCCUCGGUUACCCUUCCUGUCCCUCUUCAAUUUCCAUCACUGAAGCGCAAGCGAAGCAAUAGAUGAUUUUGGGUUGUUGAGUUAUACUCUUGUAAUUGU